AUGAUCUCUCGCAUGGCAAAACCGGAAGAAGUGCUGGUUGUAGAGAACGAUCAAGGCGAGGUUGUGCGCGAGAUAGUCAAGGACACAGACUCUAUCACAUUGUAUAAGAACAUGCGCGAGUGUCUCGUAUAUUUGACUCAUCUUGAUUGCAAAGAUACGGAACAGAAAAUGACCGACAAGUUGGCUAGUCAGGUUAAUGGCUCAGAGUUUUCUUGGAAAAAUCUGAACACAUUGUGCUGGGCAGUCGGCUCUAUCUCUGGAACCAUGGUUGAAGAAGACGAGAAGCGGUUCCUUGUCUUAGUCAUCAGAGAUCUGCUUGGACUGUGUGAACAGAAGCGAGGCAAAGAUAACAAAGCUGUGAUAGCAUCUAACAUUAUGUACGUUGUUGGACAAUAUCCACGGUUCCUCAGAGCCCAUUGGAAGUUCUUGAAGACGGUUGGUUAUAUAUUUUACACUGUGAAAUUCAAAUUUAAUUUGGAAAGCAACUCUUUGUGA